AUGGCAUUAGCUCCAUCACAAUAUGAUAAUGGUACAACAAAUAAUUCACAAUAUACAAGACAUUAUAUUAAUCAAAAUGCCGUAGGAAUUAAUGCUCCAAGUACUAUUCAACAAAUUCCUCCACCAAUAUCGCAACAAAAUAUUGGAUUAUUAAAAAUGAUAACAAAUGAUAAAUAUUAUUUUACACCAGAACAAUUAAAUAACUGUCCUCCAGAUGAACCUAUAGGUUAUGGAGCAUUUGGAAUUGUAUGGUCUGUAACAGAUCCUCGAACACUUCAAAGAGUUGCUUUAAAAAGAAUGACAAAUAUUUUUCAAAAUUUAGCAUCUUGUAAAAGAACAUUUCGUGAAAUACAAAUGUUAUCUUGUUUUCAACAUGAUAAUGUUCUUGGAUUACAUGACAUAUUACAACCAAAUGAUAAAAAAUUAUUUCAAGAAAUACAUAUAUUAACAGAGUUAAUGCAAAGUGAUUUACACAAAAUAAUUGUUUCUCAACAACCAUUAACAACUGAACAUAUUAAGGUAUUUUUAUAUCAAACAUUGAGAGGAAUGAAAUAUUUACAUUCUGCUAACAUAUUACAUAGAGAUAUAAAACCAGGAAAUUUAUUAAUUAAUAGUAAUUGUGUUUUAAAAAUUUGUGAUUUUGGUUUAGCAAGACUUUGGGAUUAUCGAGAUAAUGAAACAAUGACUCAUGAAGUUGUGACGCAAUAUUAUAGAGCUCCAGAAUUAUUGAUGGGUGCUAAGAGGUAUACAAGUGCUAUUGAUAUGUGGUCAAUUGGUUGUAUAUUUGCAGAGAUGUUAGGAAGGAGGAUAUUAUUUCAAGCACAAGGUCCAAUUGAUCAAUUAAAUAUGAUUAUUGAGAUGUUAGGAACACCACCAACAGAAGGUAUGAUGACAGCAUGCGAAGGAGCAAGAAAUCAUGUAUUACGGAGUCCUUAUAGACCACCAAGACAAGAUAGAUUUUAUCAUAUAUCUCAAAAUAUGACACAAGAUUGUGUACAUUUAUUAAGUUGUAUGUUAGAAUUUGAUCCAUCAAAAAGAAUUGAUGUUGAAACGGCACUCCAUCAUCCAUAUUUACAUGAUGGUCGUUUAAGAUUUCAUAAUUCUAUGUGUACAUGUUGUCAUACGGCACCAAAUAGGGAACGUGUAUAUGCUAAAGUUCUUGAUCCAGUUCAUUCUUGUCCAUUAGAUCCAAAAUGGGAAAAAGAAAUUUCCAGUCUUUCAAUGUUUGAGUUAAGAGAUAAAUUAUACACGUGUGUUACACAACGAUCUCAACGUAAUGGUGUACCGUUAACAUUAAAUCCUCUUUCUCCAAGAUAUAAUGAAUUUAUCGAGCAAUCGUAA